GAUGGAGCCAAAGGGGCUGGACCGAGUCGAAAUAACUCCGCUCCGUGCGCAGCUAUGACCAAAUGUCUGGAGCUGCUGCCACAAAGGAGAAACACAGAGCGCGGAGCUCGACUUCAGGAAUCCAACUUUCCUCAGGACGCGUCGUUCCUCGAGGAAACACAGAGCAGCGCAGAGUUUCUUAUUUGAGGUGCAGCGAGCUGCGGCCUCAGCCAUGAGUUCUCAGACCAGCUUCAGCAGCAACAUGCUGUUCCAGACCAUAAACGAUGACCUGAACGCAUCGCUGGCGACGGCCGACGAGUUGUCCAGAGAGUUUAACUCCCUGUUCAAGGAGGUCGCCUCCAACAACAACAGCCCCAAGCCGGCGCCUCAGACCAGCGUCGUGAUCACCCGGGAGCUGCCUGCGUCUCCCAGCGUGUCCGGCUCCUCCUUCACCACGGGGGACACGCGCGGCAGCAGCAACGGCAGCUCCGGCGCCGCGCCGUUCUCCCCCGGCUCCGCCCCCUUCCGCUCCCUGGACUCCAGUCUGUCCCCCGUCUUCCCCACCAGCCCCCUCCCAUCCCCCAUGAGCCGCAAGGAGACGUCGUCGCUGCUCCCUCGGGCCGGGUCGGACUGCUUCCCGUUCGGCCCGCCGAGCCCCAGGCAGUCGCCCCACACCGCGCGGCGCCACCCCCCCCCUCACUAUGACAGAAGCCCCCACGGAUCGGCCGGAUACAUGGACAGGAGCCCGUCCCCCAGCUUCUUUGAGCCGCAAACCCGCCCGGCCCCGCUCUACGCCCCCACCUCCUCCUCCUCCAAGCUGCUGGGCCCGUACGACAGCCUCCAGAUGGGCCGCCGGUCGCCCCGGCCGGAGAGGAGCCCCUCUCCCCUGUCCUUCAACCCCCCGGGCUCCAGCACCGGCCCCCGAAAUGUUGGAUUCAGGCCUCCUGAUGAGGGUGUGCAGCAGCGGCACAAGCCAGCGAGCGCGUGGAAUGAGACGGAUCUGGACGUGUCCUACGAGAGGAAGCCGCACCACACCUAUGACAAGAGCGAGUGGCUGCGGAUGAGCGUCCCGAGCAGCAGCUGGAGAGAGUCCAACCUGGACGGGCCUCUGCCCGCCCCCAUCCCCAAAAAGGACCCUCGCUCCCAGUCUUACCAGUUUGCCCAGGGUUCCCUUCCCCGUAACGCCCGGAUCUCGGUACCUCCAGACGUCCCGGCCCUCGGCCCCCCCUCCUACCACCCUCAGCCCAUCAUCUCCCGCAUUUCCAUUCCUCCAACGUCCUCCCAGUCCCGUCAGCACAGACCGAUCCCUCUGUCCGUCAUCCUGCGCCUCCAGAAUCCGUACUGGGGAGUGAUGCAAACCCAGCCCUCCAGAUUCCCAGGGGGAGAAGUGGACAAGGCGCUUUACCAGCUGGCUGUGCCCGUGCUGCCCCCGCCUCUGCCUCAGCCUCAGCAGCAGCAGCCUCCUGAGCUGAGACAGCCGGCCGUGUACAGUGAUGUGCUGAGCCCGGGGGAUAUCGAUGCAGAGCUGGAGCGCCUGGACUACGUUGGGCAGAUCCCAGUGAUCACGGAGGAUCCCAGCGUUCCGGAGGGUGGUGGGGAGAUCCAGCCUCCUGCUCCCCGACCCCUCAGCCCGACGCGGCUGCAGCCGGUGGUGGCCCCCGAAGCUCAGGCCCAGCAGAUUCCUGACCUGGAGGAGCUGCUGCGCAUCCGGGCAGAAAUCCCCCGCGCCCUGAAGAGGCGCGGCUCCGUGGACCAGUCCCAGCCCCUGAAGAAGACCUCGCUCUCCCAGUCCAACCACUACAAAAGCCUCAUGAACAAGCUGUUCCGCCGCAGCGGCCGCCAGUCGAAGGGCGAGCCGGACGUGGAGACCAGCAGCUCGUCAGAUGGAGAGGACGGCGCCGCGUCGCCCGUGAAUCCACCUGCACCCAGAACAUCCGCACAGAUUCCCACUGACUUCAGAAGCUACAAUUCCAUUCUGCGGCGUUCCAAUAAGGAGCGGAAAAGUUCUGGGAAUCGAGCUCGGCUCAGUCCACUAGUCCUGCUGCUGGACGGGUCGCUGGUCGGAGAACUGGAGACGGUGCAGAGGGCCCUGCAGGAGAUGGUCGACCCCAGUCAAGCCAACGACGAAGGCAUCACCGCCCUGCACAACGCCGUGUGCGGGGGCCACUACAACGUGGUGGACCUGCUGGUCCGCAGCGGCGCCAGCGUCAGCGCAGCCGACAGCCACGGCUGGACCCCGCUGCACUGCGCCGCCUCCUGCAACGACCGGGCGCUGUGUGAGUUCCUGGUGAGGAACGGAGCGGCCGUCAUGGCCAUCACGGAGAGCGACAGCGCCACCGCCGCCCAGAAGUGCGACCCCUACGCCGUGGGCUUUGAGGAGUGUGAGGGCUUUCUGAGGGGUGUGGAGGAGGCCAUGGGGGUGGAGAACAGCGGGGUGCUGUACGCGCUGUGGAGCUACCCGGCCCAGGCGCCCGACGAGCUGAGCUUCAAGGAGGGAGACAUGGUGACCAUCCUGCAGAAGCCCGAGGGCUCGGACUGGUGGUGGGCGUCGCUCUGCGGCCGCGAGGGGCUCGUUCCCAGCAACUACUUUGGGCUUUUCCCAAAGGUCCGGCCGAAGUCUUUGUGCUGAGAAGCCGGUUCUGCAGAGGAGAACUGGACGCUGUAGCGCUGAGCCGUGGGCUCUGCUGUCCCUCGUUCGCUCCGGCCUCCGGCCCGUUACUGACUGGACCUCAGCCCACUCUGCCACAAGGUCUCUUCAGCUGCAGGAAACCCUGCUGUCAGAAAAGAGGGACCGUCGGAGAAGCUCCCACUCUGUCUGUGAAGGAGAGAGCUCACGAGUGGAUGCGGAGCUUUCCUGAUUAUUCCUGACAAGCUUGUUUGUACAAAUCAUAAGAGUUUCUGUCUCCAUGGCUACUGGAAUAUACUAAUAAUAGCCUCAACUGACCACGUUAUGUUUCCAGUGUGGCUGCAGACUUUCCACAGUAUUUCCUGCUGGUUUCUUCCUGGUGUUUUACUUUUACACAGCGUUGGGCUGGUGUUCGUUCAUGCUGCCUCUGUAAAUGAAUCUGAAUAACGUUUUCUUCUGGUUGUUUAGUGUCUUUUCUUAUUAAUAUCUCACAGUGUAUUUGAUACCAGGGCCUGCUGUCCACUUCUAACUGUAAAGACCCACAGUGACCUUGUGUCCACAAAUUUAAUAAAGAAAUGAAUCACG